AUGCCUGGGCCAUGGGCCGUCGUUCGUCUUAUGUAAUGACAGCGAUGGUGAAAAUAUGCAAAAAUACGCGAAUGAAUCACACGCAGUGGUGGAGGCGGACUCAAACGCUCCCAUUUGGUCGCAAUUUCUCGAAGAUUAUGUUUUGAGCCAAAGCAGCAGUCAGCGAACGUCCAAGGAUCUGCCGUACAUGGGAGGCGGCGAUAUGGGCAUGAGCAUGUCCAUGAACGGACCCCUUAACUAUCAUUCGUCGGCCUACAAGCGACCUGGGAACAACAUUUACAUCACGCGGCGGAUUGGCGAGGCUGUGGAGCUGGAGCCGCAUUUGCGCAAGCCCGUGGAGAGUCAGAGUCCCAUUGUGAAUCCCCAAUUCCGGCCGAUGACCAAUCAAAUGUUGCACCAACAGCAACAGCAGCACCUGCAACAGCAACAGCAACAGCAACAGCAACAGCAGCAGCGACAGCAGCCUGGCUUCCUGCAGCAGCUUUUUGGCAUUGGCGGCAGUUCUGGGGGAGGCAAUCCCAAUCCCAAUCCUCCUCCUCCUCCCCAGCAGCAGCAGCAUCUGCGGCCAGUACCCCUGCAGCAGCAGCAGCAGCACCAGCAACAGCAUCUACAGGGCAGUGGCCAGCCCACAACAUUCCGGGCUGUUUCCGAGAACGAUCUGUAUCUGCUGGGUGCUAUCGAGAAGCUGGUCUAUCGUGUCGAUUACCUGGAGAGUCGUGUGCGACGGUCAGAGCAGUUGAUCUACUACCUGAUGGCUGGCAACAAGGAAGGCCAGAAGGAGGUCAAGGAUCCCUGCCCCACGAACUUUACGCGCAUCAGCGACAACUGCUAUUACAUCAACAGCCAGCAGCAGGUCAACUGGAAGACGGCCAAUUCGGCCUGCAAGGCCCUCAACUCGCAUUUGGCAGAGUUCGAAAAGGUCUCGGAGAACGAAGAGAUUAUGGCCUAUCUGCUGAACCAGCCGCCGCACAGGGGACGCGACUACUGGCUGGGCGGUCUCAACCCUGGUCUCCUGUGGAUCUGGUCCAACUCGGCCAAGCCUGUGAAUCCCAAUACGAACCUCACAUCGAUAGCCAUGGCCCAGAAGAGCGAGAAUGCCACGGCCUCCAAUCUGGUGGAUAGCUCCGAGGAGACAUCGGAGGACGGCAGCGAUGUCCUCAACAACACCGUGCAGAUCGAGGGCAAGGGACGGUGUCUCCGGCUGAGCUACAAUGCGGGGAAGCAUAGCUAUGUGUACUAUGGCCAGGAGUGCACUUCGAGGCACUAUUACAUCUGCGAGCACGAGGACACGACGCUGGACAAUAAGAUCAAGAAGAUAUCCCGCGAGCUGAAGCUCUUCGAAUGACGAAUGACGAAUGUGAUAGGUCGGAGGGC